AGAAAGAGAUGACAGAAAUUCAGAGAAAUUUUAAAAAGCAGCGAGUUUUAGGGGACGAUAGUGAGGAAAUUAGAAAGGAUGAACAGGAACUAGAACUUGAAGCUGAGCUUUUUAACGAUAGCCAUCAGUUCGGUAAGCCAGAGGAUGACAUGAGCGAGGACGAGCCAUUCUUUAUUGAUGAGUCUAAGCCCUCUCAAGCAGAAGCCCUAUGGGAAGACGAAGACGAUAAGAAUUUUGAAAUUUCGUUAGCAAGCAACGCAAAGUUACGCAAACUGAGAAAAGAAGAAGGCGAAGACAUUAUUGGCGGUGAUGAGCUUGAGUCUAGAUUGAGAGAAAAGUUCAAAGCUAUAAAUCCAACCCCUAGUUGGGCUACCCAGGCCAAGAAUAAGCGCAAACAACGCGAAGACGAAAGUGAGGACGAGGAUGACAUUCUCAACUCAACAGGUCUCAAUACACUCACAAAUAGGAAGACACGCCUGAAAGCAGGUGAAAUAAAGGUAGAAAGACUCAAAGAUGUCGUACAAUCUGAUCAAAUUAAUAUCGUCAAUGUAGAAUUCCAUCCUAUUAUUAACAAUUUACUUCUUGUCGCGCAAUCUGACAGGAGAUUAAAGAUUUACAACGUUGAGGGCUCUAAGAGUACACUAGUACAACAGUUACACCUCAAAGAUAUGCCAAUCACAACUGCGAUUUUCAACCCAACAAAACCUUCAAUUUUCAUUGGUGGCCCACGCCCAUAUUCUUACAUAUACCACCUCGAAGAUGGCAGUGUACAGCGCUUUAAACACACAGAGGGUGUCUUUGGUACACAUGCAAAGUUCAACAUUGAUGGCACUAUGAUCGCUUUGAAAGCAAGAAGAGGAUAUGUAGAAUUAUUGAGAUGGACAAACUCGUCUUGUGUACCAAUCGGAAAUGUGAAGAUGAACAGACCGGCAGUCGACUUUGCUUGGGGAAGGAAUAGUAACACAAUUUACAUCAUUACGGAUAACUCCGAGAUGAGCAUCUGGGAUGCAGCAAGGAGACGCUGUAUACGAACUUGGAAAGACAGUGAGAAUUUUUCACCUUCGACAAUAGCUGUUUCCAGAGAUAACACUUUCAUUAGUGUCGGCUAUAGCAGCGGUAUUGUCAACAUUUACGAGGUCGAAUCAUUAAAACUACUGAAAUCAUUGGGUAACCUUACCACUUCUAUUAACCACCUGGCUUUCAACAAAGACACCCAACUGCUUGCGUCCACAUCUGCCGAAAAGAAUGACCAAUUGCGCCUGAUUCACUUACCUUCUUUGACUGUUUAUCAAAAUUGGCCAACAUCCAACACUCCAUUAGGGAAAGUACAAGCGAUAGAUUUCUCUACUGAUGGCCGAUGGAUUGUGAUUGCUAAUCAGAAAGGCAAAUUACUCCUGUACCACGUUAGGCAUUACAGUGAGAAAGUGGCAUAUUGAGAAAUCUUUACGUUUUUUUGUACUCUUAUUACUU